AUGGCUACUGGGGAUGAGGGUUGCAAGCAGUUCUGCAAGGAUGAGCUUGCAAAACUGAUCAAGCCGAAGGCAGCAACGCCAGCUCCGGCCCCUACCAGUGACGCCGAUCCUCCGGCCCCUACCACAACGGGUGCCGAUCCUCCGGCCCCUACCACCAGGGGUGCCGAUCCUCCGGCCGCUACCACCAGGGGUGCCGAUCCUCCGGCCCCUACCACCAGGGGUGCCGUUCCUCCGGCCCCUAAUGCCCCGACCUUUGAUGAUGUCAGUGCGAAGAUGGGUUGGUCAAGUCCUGCAACCCCACGCAUGGUGGAGGCACCUGGUACGCCAUCUCCUGCAACGCCUGGCAGUGCAAUCACAACGCCUGGCAGUGCAAAAACAACGCCUGGCAGUGCAAGCGACGGCUUGGUCCAAGGUUCUGCGCCACUCUACAACCGAAAGAACGCCGCCAUGUUCUUGAAUCGCCUGAAAGGCAACCCAAAGAGGAUGCAAGCCUUGCCUGAUGACUUGGCAAAGUUGGUGCGGGACGAAGAUUCAAAGAGCAAAGCCAUCGACUUGAUCGUCGCUGCAGGAGGAGACGAAAAUGAGCUGGUCGGGCAGUGGACUGCAUCGUCCAUUUCUGUGGGGACGGACAAGGAAAAGGGAAAGAUGAAACCUUUGACGGAACAGGAAUUGAUCGGCAAGUACGGUGCGGUCAAUGCUGCGAAGGUGAUGGAGGAAAAAAGGAAGGCUGGUUUGGAGGUUGAUGAUCCCAAUUGUAAAGGGCUCAAGCUUUACUUGCACAACGAGUGGCAGAGGGAAUGGACGAGAGGCACAGAAGAACGAAGCAGUUUCACUGCUUCCGGAGAAGUUCGUGCGGGUGACGCUGCCAACGUUGCACAAAUUCUCAGUGUGCCCCGGCGGGCGCUGACAGGGCCCGGCCAGGAUGAUGAGGACAAUGUGGACAUGGAGGAGGACCCAAAGCCACUUCCGAACAAAAAACCAAAGAAAGCCAGGAAAAAUGAAGCCAGCGGCAAAGAGAAAGACGAAGACGGUGAAACUGAGCCGGAAGCACCACGAGUGGAGAAACUUUUGCCGCUGGACAAGGAGAUGACCAACUUCGAGCAGGAGUUCCAGGCGAUCUACGACCAGGUGGACAAGCUCAUCUCUGAGCUGGUCCACGAUGAUGGGGUUUAUCUUCCCACUGCUACCAGAUAUCUCGAUAUCGCGAAGCGUUAUGAGAGGCCCAGCAAGGUAGCAAACAGCUUGAUCCGAGCUGCGAAGGCGACUCCGAAGGAUCCAACCGCGCCCAAAGGAUCGGCUAAAGCCAAGUCCAAGAAGCGCAAAGCCGCGGAGGAUGCACUGCUCAACCAAGUUAUGCACCUCGCCCAUCUGGGUUACAUCCGGGACCUUGUGGCUUCCAUUCUGGUUGAGACCGUGAGAUCGGGCGAGAUGGCAGCUUUCUUGCAAGUCGAUGGCAGCCCAGAUCAGCUUCUUCACAGGUGGACUGCGGAAGCCCAAAGUUUCUGCAAGGAUCGUGGCCUGGAUUGCUCGAUGAAGCCGCUGACGUGGGAAACUUUACAUGCCAACAAGAAGGCUAUCUACCCUGAGCUCACAAGCCGUAUAAAGCAAGUCGGACCAGAGAUUAUCGAAUCACAAUGGUGUUUCGAUACGUUCCUUCUGAGUUAUGCUCACGCUGCUGCACGAUUUCAUCGAAAAGGCAUCUGCUUGUACAAACUUCGGCCGAAGAUGCAUUACACGCAGCAUUUGGUGGAUGAGCUGCGCUGCCACAAGCUCAACUUUUACCAUGCUGCGAAUUUUUUGGAUAAGGAUCAUAUGAAGUUCCUCAAGAUUGUUUCGGCCGGCUGCCACGUGACUUCUCAGCCUCGCACCUGGGCAAGACGUUACCUGACGAAACAAGUGUUUCUCUGGCAACGCUUGCCCGGGGCGACGGCGAAGAAGAAGC